CCUCCUCUUCCUUCCUUAAAAUUUCUUUGCUUUUAUUUUUCUUUAGUUUUUAAAUAUAUUAAUUUUAGGUAUCCCUUUGUAUUGAAUUUUAUUUUUGAUUUUUCAAUUUUUGAAGUUAAACAUCCGAUUCCGGAUAACCCUUUCGAGAGAAUCGGGAGGAUUUGAAGUUUCGAUCAGUUUCCGAUGAGGAAAGGGAGAGUCACCGCCGCGGCAACCACCGUAGCGAUGAAAGCGGCGGUGGAAACCGACGGAUCUGCCAAAGAACAAAGAUACAGAGGCGUUAGAAAAAGACCGUGGGGAAAAUUCGCGGCGGAGAUCAGAGAUCCAUGGAAAAAAGCCAGGGUUUGGCUAGGGACUUUCAAUUCGGCCGAAGAAGCCGCCCGAGCCUACGAUGCGGCGGCGAUUUCCCUCCGUGGAAACAAAGCGAAGAUAAAUUUCCCUUUGAAUCCCUCCGGUCUCCCUCUUUUUCAUCGCCGGAACGACGAAAGCUUCAUCGACGGCCACCGGUUUUAUAGAGAUCCGAAAGAGAAUCCGCAAAGACCGGCGAGGAGUAGAAUGAGCAGCACGGUGGAAUCGUUUAGUGGGCCGAGACCGGCCCAACCACGGCCUAAACCGUCGGAUUUCGCUGCUGUUACGACUCGGAAGAGUUCGCCGCCGAUGGUGCCGGAGGACUGUCAUAGCGAAUCUGAUUCGUCGUCGUCGGUCGUUGAUGACGGGGCCUAUAUCGCAUCGUCGUCUCGCCGGCAAACUUUGCCGUUUGAUCUGAAUUUUCCACCGUUGGAUGAAGUUUACGAUCUCACUUUAGGUCUCUGAUCUUUCUUUCUGUGUAAACAAUUUGUCCAAUUCAAUCCCUAAAGAAAACGGGUCUUCGAUUCUAUG